UUACACCUGCCAACGUAUGUAACGGAGACCCACCGCUACGGACCUCUUCCGCAACCGGUGCAUAGUCUGGCACGCUCGCAAACUAUCGCUCAUAGCUUCCGAAUUAAUAGUUCCUGGUCGAAAUGUCUGCCAACGACGCUCAACUCCCCGAAACUACCUCAGAGUUGCAGGACAUUGUCCGCACUCAGGCCACACAGCUGGCCAAGCUCAUUGCGGAAAACGAGGCGCUCUUGAGCAAGGUAGAAGCUACCGAACAGACCUUCAAGGAAGCUUUGGAAGUUCAUCUCAGCACUUCUACGCGUGAGAAAGAUCACCUCGAGUCUUCGCUCCAGAAUUUGAAACAGAACCAGCAAGUCAGAUCCGAGGAGUUUCAGAAACAGCUGCAGAAGUUGCGCGUGGAGGCUGAUAGCCAAAUCAACGACGAUGCAAAACUCCGACCCAGUGUCGCAGAGGCUCUCGCGUCGACCGACAUCAAUCAUGUCAAACACCUUGUGGAGACUCUGACAGACAAGCUAGAAGCUCAUGACACCUUGAUCAAAAAGUUGAAGUUUGAGUUGGACAUGGAGUGUGGGCAUGUCAAUAUCCUGCGCGCCGAGAAUCAAAAGCUGCGACAAAUGACCGUAGAACUGCAGGCCUCAGCUGAACAGGAGGAAGAAUAUAUCGCCAACAAGUUGAUGAAACGAAUCAACAACCUCAAGAAGGAGAAAGGGGAGCUGCUGUUGAAAGUAGAACAGGAAGAGGAGAUGAUCACAAAUACAUUACAGAAGAAGUUGUCGCAACUUCAAAAGGAAAAGAUCGAUAUGGAGGUCGCCUUGGAACAGGAACAGGAAUUUAUCGUCAACAGGCUGCAAAAGCAACUGGAGAGCCUGAGGAUGCAGCAAUCGGCUGGUGGACCCCCGAGAAAGCUCUCCCACACAUCACACAGCCCCAGUGCAUCGUUGUCCGACUUUCCCGUAUCGCCCGGCGUAACCGAGGUUCUGCGCGCAGAGGUAAACGCCCUCAAAACGCGCAUCCACACGCACGACCUCGAACACAUCGAAGUUCUCAAAUCCAUCCAAACCCACUACAUGCAACUCCGCGACGAGGUCGUCGCCUUACGCCAAAAGCUCUCCAUCCCAGUCGACGACAUCGAUCGCACGUACCCGGCGUUUGUCGUGCCCAACCCGCCCCCGACGAGGAGUCCGAGUGCGGGGAAUUUGGUGUUGGGAGGGAGUCUGGGGAGCAGCAGGAGUAGGAGUACGAGCGAACAUUCGGUGGUGGGGAUCGAUCAUGGGCCGGGGCAAGGGAGAUAUGGUGGUGACCGCCGGUCGUCUCGAUCGGUCAGCUCAACUCGAGGGUCCAUCCUGAGCUCGACGACUUGAUGACCAGCCGCAUCUUUAUCGGUACCCCUCAUAUUCCAGCGGAAACCCAACAAUCGGACAACUCCCAAUCGUGUAAAACCAAACGUCCUCUGUACCCCGAGAGAAACGCACAGGAAAAU